GUAUGUUUUUUUUUACUAAGAUUUGAGUAUGUAGUUACAAAAUUGUAGUUGUCAUUUUUGAUAUAAAAAAAAUAUAAUAAUAUUUAAAGAAAAAUAAUAGAAAAUGGAUACAGUUGCUCACUUAUGGAAAUGUACAAAAACUUUAGCAAAAGAAAAUAAUCCGAAAGCUAACGAAAUAAGGAAUCAUUACGUACAAUGUUGUCGAGACUUGGGUGACCUAGUGGAAUUGCCAAACCAAUUUUUUGGACAAAAUUCAAUGUGUAAAUAUUGUGGUACGUUAUGGAAUUCUGUUGAUCCUACAGUAAGAAUAGCAAAAGGUAAAAAUCCAUCAGCUUCAAUUAGAAAAUUAAUUCGACGAUCACAAAAGAAAAAAUCAAAUUUAUCAACGUUACACAAAAAACUUAUUGAUAGAUCAAAAAAAAAUCAAUCAAAUAAACUUAUUAUAACGUGUUCUUGUUGUUCAAAAAAGAGUACAGUUUCAUUAAACAAAGUGAAAAAAGAAAAAGUAAAAAAACCAAGUGUCAUUGCUCAAGAUAAAGAAUUAAAUUUGAAAAAAAAAAAGAAAAAGAAGCGAGAUAAAACAGCUGGUUUAAUAAUACCUAUUUCAAAGGCCCCUGAUGUAAAUUACAUGGAUAAUUCAAUUAAAAAAACAUCAAAAAAUUUGACUUCUGUAGCAGUAACAGCGAAAAAAAUAAAUUUUUUAUUAAAAGCAAAAAGAAUUAUCAAUUCGACAAAUGAAUCUUCAGACAAUAAAACUGGUCUAUGUUCAUUAUUGACUGAACAUUGACAUUAAAAUAUUACUCAAUAUUUAUUAUUCUAUUUUAAGACAUUAUGUUAUGGUAUUUCACGAAUAAAUGUUGUAAAUAAUUUUACAAAAAAACAAUACCCACUGAUUGUAUACAGAAAUAUAUACAAUUUUUUUUUAUUAUACACUGCUGCAAUGCCUCAUUGAUCCACCGAGUUCCCCAGCUUACAGUUAGUUUGCAGAUGGCGCUAAAAGUAUUUAAAAUAUACAUUUUCCCCGUGGUCGUAAUGAAUUUUUAAUUAUUUAUUUAUCGAAUACACAUUUUUAUUAUACUUGAAAAUCGAUUUUCUAUAUUUCUAAUUAUUAUUUUUAAUUUUCAAGUAUCGAUUGGCCAAUUAGUCUAUUGAUUACACUAAAAAAGAUAAUUUUUAUUUGCAAAGUUAUGCUGGCAAGUUAUUUACUUUGACUGUUACAUUUGACUGACAAAUAAAUUUUUAUUUUAUUUUAUUUAAAUUUUACAUAUAAAGGAUAAUUAUUAUUUAUAAUGAAUUUAUUUAUUUUUAAAAAUUUAUUUCAAGUAAUUGUAACAAAGAAAAAUAAUAUAGAGUCACGUGUGUUUAUUAAUAUAUGUAUUUUUAAAAUAGUUUCAUUUUGAUUUUAGAUAUUAAAUAUAUUUAAUUUUAAUUCUUGAUAUUAUCAAAAUAUGUAUCGAUGUUCGAAAAAAAAAUGCAAUGAAGUAUAAUAUUACAAAUAAUAAAGUAUCUUAUCUUUUCUUGGUAGCCUUAUUCUCGACGUUGUUUUCAUGCAUUGUAGAUCUCAUGUAUAGAUAUAUGAUUACGUCAUCGAUCAUAGUCUUUGGUAGGCAUAAUUAUAGCCAGACAUCUAGGUUUUUUAGUACAAAAAAUAUUCCAUAACGAGGGAAAAACAUAAUUUACUAUUAUUUGUGACAAAAAUAUUUGAAAGUUUCUUUUUCUUUUUAAAUUUUACAUCAGGUUUUUUUUUUUAUAUCAAUUGUAUAAAAAAAAAAAAUCGUCAUGAAUAUUGAUGAAGAUUGUGUUUGUAAAGAUCUAUUCACAAUAACAUAAAAUAAAAAAUCCUCUGCUUAUAAAAUAUUAUACUGCUCCAAUAUUAUUCUCUUCAUGCAGCUCAAUGUCAACAAUAAUGAUCCAACAUGUUGACUAUCAACAUCAUUUUUGUAAAGUUCAUUUUCAAUGAUUUUUAACAAAAUUAACAUGAAUCAAAAUUAUAUUGUCAUUCAAAAUUGUCUUCAGAAUCCAUUUCAUUUAAGUUGCUCCCUAUUGAUUAAUUUUAUCUUCUCGAAUUCGUGGCAAAGGUUACUCUGAGGCAAUAUUCAACUAGCUUGACAUUAUUGAAGUUAUGAUAGUGCCCGUCUGUCUGACUCUCAAGAAACCAACUUACAAAUAGCAUCGACCAUCUAACGUAACCAAAAUUAAAGAUAAAAAAAAAAAGCUAAAAGCACUAUGAAGUUUUUUAUACGUUUAUCUGAAAUCUUUACAAAAAUAAACUUCGAUAUAAUACUAUGUAUACAAAAAAUUUAUAUAUAUAUACAUAAUGUUGAACAGUUCUAUAUAGCUUCACGAAUUACUACAGUAUUUCUAUAGCUAGCUGAAGUAAAACUUUCGAAAACUAGUUCAUCAAACUGUCACUGUAAUUUACAAUAGUAAUUUGAAUUGGUAUUUUCGAUAAAAUUUAAAAUUCUAGUGCUAGCAAUAGUAUAGUAUUGAUAGUUGCAAAGGAUGAAGUGCUUACAGUGAGGUCAAAACGUCACCAUAACGAAGGGCAUCGUCGAGGACAGUGUGGGUUGGUUUUGGUAGCAUGCUAAAUAUAUAUAUGUAUAUAUAUGCUAUAAUGUUAUAUACCUUAGAUCUAGAGAGAAUGGUUGAAUAUCAUAUGGGAGCAAAACCGAGUAAAAGCAAUGGAGGUUAGGUGUAUGUAGUAAUGACGAAGGGCCGCCGGUAAGAGAGAACGGUAGAGACCGGUGGAGCGGUUGUAGUCUCUUGGCGAAGGCAGACAAGAAGAGACGACCGCUUGAAAUCCCUCUCCUUCCCGCUUUUCCUGCCUGCUUGUUGCCUCCCGACCGCCAUGCUACUACGAAGCAAGCGAACGUACAGCUAGGCCGGCACGGUCCUUUAGCCCAUUUGGCAUUUCCCCAGCUAUAGCGGCAGUCCUGUAGCCCAUCGUUGUUAUCGUCCCGCAGCUGCAUAAAGUCGGUUCUCCCUGCUCUCUCCCCGUCUACCCCGCGUCGAUCAACGCCCCUCUAGCUCUUCGUCCCGUUGAUGCCGCCACUUUCCCACUCUGACCCCUUAUGCGCGUUUCCUCUCUGUGUUUUCUCCCCUCGUAGCCCCGUACCUCAUUUUAUUCGCCUCGUAUUCAGGCCCAGCCCAAUACAUUCAAAGUUUCUAACACAACAGAAUUCUAUAUAUAAACAUAUAAAGCUGCCUUGAUAUACACCAAUCCCCGUGAGUACCCAAACUUGGCAUCGUAGCCUGGCAAGCAAAGCAGUAACCAUUUUUCUCCCCUUACUCCGUUUAUUCGUCAUCCUAUUCUUUUGUUUUUGUUACUUUAUAAUGUCGUCUUUGUCUUUUACGUAUACAGCGCCAAUAUGCGAGACGCUAUGGUACUAAAUACAUUGCGAAUUUCUCUUUACUUCUCUACACCCCUCGACAGUCCACGGCCCCGUUUGCAAAUCGACAUAGGCAACUCAGUACACCAUCACAGCUCAAGCUGACGCAUACUGCACUAUAUAUAUUCAACAUUAUAUUAUAUUUUGUAUACCGUCCUUGUUUUUCUAUCGAUUCCCCGCAACCCCACUGUCACCCGUCUCGUGCUUUUUCUUUUUACUUCUCGAUCCAACACACCGCGCAGUAGAAAAACGAUCUCUCUCUGUCUUUCUUUCUCAUAAUGUUCCGACCGCGCCUUGUCUCUUUCCGCUAUAACCUUGGUAGAGAAUAACCCACCGUUCAAUUCAAGGAAUUAUGACGACGCUCUCUUUUUCACUCUUUUUCUUACCUUCUCUACCGAUCGACUCCUCUCUCUCGCUUGG